AUGCAGUCAAAUGCAAUUCAUCAACAAGCCCGCAUAUUGCGGAAUUUUGUGCCAAUUCCACUUCCUUUUUAUGACUGGCAUAAGACUGUAUUGGAACCCAUGGAGCUGCCUCCAAUAUUGUCUGGAGUGAAGACACCUUGUAAAGCUCUAAUCCCGACCAAUAAGCCAAAUGUAGAGCCAAAGCGACCAUCACGGCCUGUAGAUAUCACCCAAUACUGCUUAAAUGUUCGCGAUCAUACUCGACCCAUGCGCUUGAUGGUUGAGUGGACGGGUGAUAAGAGAGCGUGGGCAGUUGCCAUCUACUUGGUCUAUCGAAUAACUUCGGAGAUUCUCCGAGAUCGAGCAACGGGUGCAGCAAAAAGUUCUUCAAAUGGGGAUUGCACAGUCAACGAGAGGCCGAAUCACCGCCAGGAGGAGAGCAUUACAAGAGACGUGAUCCGAGCACGGUUAGGUGGUGGCAAUGACGAUGACAUUGCUAUGGACCAACUCAAAAUCAGUUUACUGUGUCCGGUAAGGAUAGCCAUUAAAACGCUUCGUUGACA